CAUCGAAGGUGUUGCUUGUCGGUGCUGUAUCUGACCCAUUCCAUGGAUCGCUUCCUCUCUCUUCUUUCAAUGUUCUUGCUUGCUGCAGUCAGCCAUGCAGCUUUAUCCCCUCAGCUGGUUUACUGGCACUCUGUCCUCCCCAACACUCCCAUGCCAAGUGCCAUCAGUGACUUCAUAGACCCUGAUGUGCUUGCUGAGGAGAAGUCCGGUGUGAACGUGUACACGAAGGGGAAGAGCGGUGGCACCACCGUCAACGUCGGCCACGGCGGCGUCCAUGUUGCCACCGGGAAGCCUGGUCCCGGCACCAACGUGAACGUCGGGCAUGGCAGCGUCAACGAGAACACUGGCCACAAGGGAAAGCCGCGGGUGGUCGUCACUGUGCCCAACAGGAUCUAUAUCUAUAAUGCUGCCACCGAAACCCAAACCCAUGAUGACCCCAACGUCGCCCUCUUCUUCCUGGAGAAGGAGCUUCGGCCGGGCGCCAAAAUGAAUCUACACUUCACGAAGACCACCUCGGGCGGCGCUUCUUUCCUUACCCAGAAAGAAGCAGACGCCAUACCCUUCUCAUCAGCCAAGCUCCCGGAGAUUCUUGACCACUUCUCCGUCAAACCCGGUUCCGCGGAAGCCGAGGCGAUGAAGACGACGCUUCAGGAUUGCGAGGAACCGGCGGUGAGGGGAGAGAGGAAGUACUGCGCCACCUCGCUGGAGUCCAUGGUGGAGUUCAGCAUGUCGAGCCUGGGGACACGCGACGUCACGGCGAUGUCAACCACCGUCGCCAAAGUGGUGACGCCGCGGCAGCAGUACACGGUCACGGGGGUGAAGGCGCUGCCCGGGGACAGGCUGGUGGCUUGCCACCCGGAGGCGUACGCGUACGCGGUGUUCUACUGCCACGCCACGGCGACGAGCAAGGCUUACAGAGUGGGGCUGGUGGGAACGGCGGACGGAGUGGUGGUGGAGGCCGUGGCGGUGUGCCACACCGACACCAGUGCGUGGAACCCCAACCACGUGGCCUUCAAGGUGCUCAAGGUGAAGCCGGGGUCGGUGCCGGUGUGCCACUUCCUGCCGGAUGACAGCGUCGUCUGGAGCCGCAGCGGUUAAGGUAGAGCAUGCCCCUCGCCGUGUUCACUACCGAAGCCUCUAUAUAUAUGCUGUGUGUGUUCGUAUGUGUGCAAGCGAGAGCUCAAUCUGUAUCCUUUACUUUGUCUACGUACGCAUGGAGUGUUGAGUUGCUUAUGUUUGUUUCGCUGGUAGGUGUUGCAGACAUAGGUGCACUGUAUACUUUGUUAUAUAUUAAGUUUGACUAUAUAUUGUAAUUAUGGUGUUGAGACUAUGAUAAGUUUGACUGUGUCUCAGCUUGACGUGAAA